UAAAAAAUGGCAUUUCGGAAGGCAGUAAAAGGAACUGUUCUCAUUGGAGGAGGUGCCAUAGCAACAGUUUUUGGCCUCUCUCAAUUUUCUCAGUAUAGAAACAAACACCGAGGCACCCUUUAUGUUGAAGCUGCAGAGCCUGUGCCGGUCCCAAUGAAGAACCAUUUUCCCACAAGAGAAGAACAACUUCUGACACUGCAGUCGACAAGUGAGUUUGAUGUCCUUGUCAUAGGUGGAGGAGCAACAGGAUGCGGUUGUGCUCUAGAUGCAGCCACUAGAGGACUAAAAACAGCCCUUCUAGAAAGAGAUGAUUUCUCCUCGGGGACCAGCAGCAGGAGUACUAAAUUGAUCCAUGGUGGAGUGAGGUAUCUACAGAAGGCCAUCAUGAAGCUGGAUUUUGAGCAGUACAAGAUGGUGAAGGAAGCGCUUCGGGAGCGUGCAAAUUUACUUGAAAUAGCUCCUCAUUUAUCGGCUCCUCUGCCUAUUAUGCUGCCUGUUUACAAAUGGUGGCAGUUGCCCUACUACUGGGUAGGAAUAAAACUCUAUGACCUUGUGGCUGGAAGUCAGUGUCUGAAAAACAGUUACGUCCUUAACAAGUCCAGAGCCCUGGAGUUCUUCCCCAUGCUGCGCAAGGAGAAGCUUGUGGGUGCUAUUGUCUACUACGACGGACAGCACAACGACGCACGAAUGAACCUCGCCAUCGCCCUCACUGCUGCCAGGGACAGCGCUGCCACAGCCAAUUACACUGAAGUGCUGCGCUUGCUCAAGAGCACGGACCCGCAGAGCGGCCGGGCGCGCGUGUGCGGCGCGCGCUGCAGGGACGUCCUCACAGGGCAGGAAUUUGAUGUCAAAGCCAAAUGUGUUAUCAAUGCUACAGGACCUUUCACAGACUCUGUGCGCAAAAUGGAUGAUCAGGAAGUACCAAACAUCUGUCAGCCAAGUGCAGGCGUGCACAUUGUCAUGCCUGGUUAUUACAGCCCUGAUAACAUGGGGCUGCUCGACCCAGCCACCAGCGACGGCAGAGUGAUCUUCUUCCUGCCCUGGGAGAAGAUGACAAUAGCAGGGACCACGGACAGCCCCACGGACGUCACUUCCCAUCCGAUACCGACGGAAGAGGACGUGAACUUCAUUCUGAGCGAAGUGCGCAACUACCUGAACUGCGACGUGGAAGUGAGAAGAGGAGACGUGCUGGCAGCAUGGAGUGGCAUCCGUCCUCUGGUCACGGACCCCAACUCCAAAGACACUCAGUCAAUAUGCCGCAACCACAUUGUCACCGUCAGUGACAGUGGCCUUAUCACAAUAGCAGGUGGGAAGUGGACAACGUACCGCGCCAUGGCGCAGGAGACCAUUGACACUGCGAUCCAGACUCACGGGCUCAAGGCCGGUUCCAGCAGGACGGUUGGGCUGCAGCUGGAGGGGGCUCAGGACUGGAGUCCCACUCUCUACAUUAGGUUGGUCCAGGAUUACGGGCUUGAAAGCGAGGUGGCUCAGCAUCUGGCUUCUACGUAUGGUGACAAGGCUUUUGAGGUGGCAAAAAGAGCCCAAGUUACAGGAAAGAGAUGGCCUAUUGUUGGGAAGCGUCUCGUAUCUGAAUUUCCUUAUAUUGAAGCUGAGGUCGUGUACGGUGUGAAAGAGUAUGCCCGCACGGCCGUGGAUAUGAUCUCCCGCCGCACGCGCUUGGCCUUCCUGAAUGUGCAGGCUGCUGAGGAAGCUUUGCCAAGAAUUGUAGAUAUCAUGGGGAAGGAACUUAACUGGAAUGAGCAGAAAAAAAAGGAAGAACUGGAAGCUGCUAAGAAGUUUCUGUAUUAUGAAAUGGGCUACAAAGUAAAAUCUGAUCAGUUAACAGACAGAUCUGAAAUCACUCUAGUGCCUUCAGAUAUUGAAAGAUACAAGAAGCGAUUUCACAUGUUUGACAAGGAGAAGAAAGGGUUUAUUACUAUAGUGGAUGUCCAGCGUGUCUUGGAGAGCAUCAGCGUUCAGAUCGAUGAAAACACCCUUCACGACAUCCUGAACGAGGUGGACCUCAACAAGAACGGGCAGGUGGAGCUCAACGAGUUUCUGCAGGUAGGUGCUUCCUUGCGCGGCAGCUGUGGCUUUAGUGACCAGAGCAGUUUGCGGGCUGGGCCACCUUUCCCUGCUCCCAGAGCUCCUGGGGAUGGAGGAGGACGGCGGGAAGUGAAUAACUCCAAGCUGCAGCGCAGGCUGCUGCCGGCCGCGCGGCUCUUGCUGUGCCGUGUGUGGCAACGGCCCGGGCACGAGGAGCCGGCGCGCGCCCGAAGUGGGGACGGCGCCAGCGGGGCCCUUCCGAUCCCCCCGCAGCGGGAUCAGUAG